AUGUCUGAGCAAGAAAUGAUCUCGGUAGCCUUCACCACGCCAAUAUGCCUCCUCACGUUGACGAGCCUGGUCCUCGUCGCGAGGAUCGGAGUGAAGGCAGCCGUCACGAGAGCGUUUGAGCUGGAAGACGUGACCGCCUUGGGCCUGGGAAAGCACCUGAGCGAGGUUGACCUGGAACGUCUAUCUGUCUUCGUCGCGAUAGCAGCGGGUAUAUGCUACAGCAUGAGUCUCACCCUUGCGAAGGCGGCGAUCCUGGAUCAUUACCUCCGAGUUCUUGACAGGAACAAGAGCCAACCACGGCUGUUUCUCAAGAGAAUGCUCAUCUCACUACUCAUCGUGCAGGGUGUUGAAGAGACACUUGUGUCACUGUUCUCGUGCCAGCCACGAGCGGACAAGGCUAUCGUGAAGCUCAAUGGGGUCUGCUUCGAGCAGAAGCCGAUGUGGUUCACCGGGUUCACAUUGAAUCUCAUAUUCGAUAUCCUGUUGUUCCUACGGCCGAUCAUAUCACUCUGGAAUAGACGAUCCCUUCCUCUAUCAGGAAAGAUUGGCCCAUUGUUGAAUCUUGUCGGGGUUUGCUUGGUUCUAGUGACAACGGUCGGCCGAGCAGCAGUAGUUGUCCACAUAAGCAACGAUAUCACAUAUGACUAUACAAUACCACUUAUCUGCAUCAAGAUGCCCAGCCUGGAAGACGUCACAUACAACCGCGAGGAGUGCAUUGCCGCAAUCCGCGAUUACUACCACUUUCUCACAAAGCUGUACCUCGAGGAGUCCGACAUCGUGGAGCCUCCGGAUGGGGGCUGGCCCAACAUCACGGCAGACACGAUGCGCGGGCUAGGCAAGACGGACGAGGUGGUGCAGCUGCUGCGCCACCUGCCGUACAUACGCAGCGACGAGCGGGUGCAGUGCGGGCCAUGGGCUGAGUUCGCCGACUGGAGGGACACGGCGGGCGAACACGGCAUCGUCUCAGACGAGGACGGUGAGUCCGCCCGGAUCUGUUCUGAGCCGCCCGAGCACGUGGACAACAUCCCGCCGCAGGUGAUCAGCCUCACGUUCAACGAGAGCGAACUGGGCGGGAUCUUCCUGCUCGACACGGAGCGGGGAAUUGUGCAUUGGUAUGGGUGCUAUGGAGAACUCAGAGGCUCGGAGGACGCGGUCGAGGAUGACCCGUACGACUGGGCGCCCAAGGACGAGGCGGAGUGCCUGGAGGCAGUAAGAAAUGCACUCGAGGAUCGGUAUCCCGGCGAGUUUGAGUAG